AUGAGAAGCAGAGAAAUUAGCCGCCGUACCGCAGCGGGAGUUCUCUUUUUCGGAACUUGUGCCGCACUUUCACCUUCCUUUUCGGGUGAAAAUCCUUGUCCGAUCAGCUGUGGACAAGUCGAUCCCGGAAACUGGACUGUCUACCACUCCGUUGACCGUCUUGACUACUGCAACUCCUCCAUCCUUCUCUCCUUCUCUGCUUUCAACCCUUUGGAUAAUAGCAAUAAUGCAAAGACCUUGCGUGCUUGUGCAGUUGAGAACACAGAGCGCGAUAAUGCCAAAGUAUCCGUACGAGACAUCCAUGCGCACCAGGCCAUCUCGCCCAACUCAGCCAAGGUCCAACCCUACUCAACCAACGAAACAGUGUCGCUAAGCCAAGAACAAAGUGUGCUGGCCCAGACUUUGUGGAAUGAAGUAUUGACUGUUGGUGAGGUUGACAUAUCAACCUCUCUGGAGCAACUACAGUCUCGCCUUGACGUGAUGGAUGCGUCCCAUACGGUCGCUCAGCCGAGAUUGCUCUUCCUCUACGACCCCCCGUCUUCCACAUCAAUAGGGUUCUAUGCAGGUGCAGGCGUCAUGACUUUUCCAAUUAUCAGCGCCUUGUCAGAUUUCGUCGCAUCUCAAGGAUACUUUGGCGACACCUUGGUUCAAGCUUGCAGUUCUUUCCAAAUGAACGGCACGUUAUCAACGAACGCGACCUCUUCGGUCAAAAAGAACAGCAUCGUUUUUGCAGCAGCCGGAAUCGUCAGCGCCUCCGGACCAGGCAGCCUGGUCAAAGCACAGCGAGCUGUUGGCCAAUGGGCAAACUCCAGUUGCGUCACAGAGGGUUAUACGCAAACCUCCACCCUACCCGCACGUAUCAAACUUGUUCCUUUGGCAAAGAGUGGCGGCAAUCAGCUUAGCAAGCGAGGUACCUGCUCUACAACGUCCGUUGGAGGUGGUGACCUCUGUGCCGAUCUUGCGAGGAGAUGCGGGAUUUCCACCACCGACCUGCUCAAGUACAACAACAAUAACCGGGACGAUUUCUGCACCACACUUCGAGUACCCCAGCUCGUCUGCUGCUCAGAAGGAAAUCUACCCGUCCCAGUUUCUGACUCAAACGGCAACUGCAAGACACAUGAAGUUCAGCCUGAGGAAAACUGCUGGUCCAUGGCGAAUGACAACUCGUUUCUCUUCUCCGCUGACGACCUCGAGGGUUUUAAUAAAAAUACCUGGGGCUGGGGUGGUUGCGGCAAUCUACAGGCUGGUACUAUCAUUUGUCUUAGUCCGGGCAACCCCCCGCUUCCAAAGCCCAUCCCCGGCGCCAUGUGCGGCCCCGUCAAGCCCGGGACGGUUGCGCCACCGCCGGGUACGGUUCUCGCUUCUCUCAACCCCUGUCCCCUCAAUUCUUGCUGCGAUGUAUGGGGAUUUUGUGGCACUACUGAGGAGUUCUGCCGUCCUGUGCCCGCCGGGCAGACUCCAGGAGCUCCCCAGCCCAUCGGAGCGCCGAACUGUAUCUCCAACUGCGGUGCCGAAAUUGUCAACAACGAAUCCCCUCCAGCCUCCUUCAUCAGUAUUGGCUACUUUGAGGGAUAUGGCAUCUCUCGAAGUUGCCAGGAUGUCGACAUUCGCAACAUCGACAUGAGCAAAUACACGCACAUACACUUUGCAUUUGCCACCGUAACAGCCGAUAACUACGAAGUCAAUAUGGAAGCAACAAUAAACCAGUACUAUUACUUUAAGAGAACAAGUGGCGCCAAGAAGAUUUUGUCUUUUGGCGGUUGGAGCUUUUCCACAGACGAAGGCUUGGAUGGAGUUGAUAUCGACUGGGAGUAUCCAGCAGCGCCGGAUAUGCCUAAUAUCCCGACGGCAGACCCAGAGGAGGGUGAAAACUAUUUCUUGUUCUUGCAAAAGCUACGUUCGAUUCUCCCUCCCAGCAAAAGCGUUUCUUUUGCUGCGCCAGCUUCAUUCUGGUAUCUGCGCGGCUUUCCCAUUGCCAAAAUUGUCGACGUCGUCGAUUAUGUGGUGUUUAUGACUUACGAUCUCCACGGUCAGUGGGACUACGGUAACAAAUGGACGGACUCGGGAUGCCCCGGAGGAAAUUGCCUACGCUCUCACCUCAAUUUCACGGAGACAGUGAACGCUCUGUCCAUGAUCACAAAGGCUGGUGUACCGGCGAAUAAGAUUGCGGUUGGUAUCGCGAGUUAUGGUCGAUCAUUUCAAAUGACAGACCCUCGAUGUACUGGUCCUAUGUGCACCUAUACCGGAAGGGAAUCGGGAGCGACUCCGGGACGCUGCACCAAGACUGCUGGCUAUAUCAGCAACGCUGAGAUCCCAAGGAAGUUCAGUGACGGCGAUGGGGCCGAUGUCCUGGUAUACAAUGAUGACCAAUGGGUCUCCUAUAUGGAGGAUGAUACAAAGGCAAGUCGGGUCAGCAUGUAUAAGAGCAUGAAUUUUAUGGGGACGACUGAUUGGGCGAUCAGUCUCGAUGAUGCCGGUCUUGUAGACCAAGACUCCGAUGACUAUUUUGAUGACGUUGGCGACGACUCGGGCGACCUUGGUCCGAUGAAACAAAGCUGGCGUGAGGCCGGCGAGAUCGCCGAUGCCACAAUGAAGUAUUCCCCUCACAACAAGUUCCAGCGUGUACUUGACCUUUACUUUGGCCCCAUUUCAGUAGGAGAGCACCAGCUCUUCUUCGACAAUUUCGAAAGACUGUGGGAGUCUCAUUGGGGUCUCAAGAAAAAGAAGAGUGGCAAGUCUCUAGGAAUGAACCUUCACGCCAGGUUCUUCUGUGGCAAUGGUAUCUAUGACGAGAUUUGGGGUAAAAAAACAUUAUUUAAUGUUUGUCUCCCGAGACACAACGCUCGCCAGGGUGGGAUAACCUAUCAGACCCUGGAUGAUUGGCAGAAGAAAAGUAAUGUAUAUACAAUCUUCUGUGAACACGCGACACACCACCGAGACACCAUGUCCUUGUCCCAGGCGUCGGACGAGGCAGAUGGGUGGAACUACCACUUGAACGUCAUCAACAUGUGGCAGAACAAAGUUCGACCACUCACUUUUUAUCACGAGAACAUGCACUGGAGACGAGUCUCGAGGCCAUGGUGCGCUGCCAGCCUCGGAACAAACAAGAACGGGGCCGAGGUCCCCGAAAAGUACGGCCUCAGAGGCAUUAUGAAUUUGCCUUACGAGAUGAAGAAAAAGAACGCAGAAAACUGGUCUCUUGCUGCCAUGGCCAUGUGGAUAAUGGAUGGAUGGGGUGGCGAUGUCCCGAUACCAGUAUACAAGGCCAAGCGUGAUGAGAUGGAGGAGACGCUGGAUCUUGAAGAAGAUGAUGACUAUGAUCAAGAAGAAGAUUACUAUGAUCAAGAAGAAGAUGACUAUGAUCCAGAAUGGGAAGCCGAGAUGAAAAGAGCCGAAGAAGCAUUCCAACAGAAUUAUGACCCCGCCCGCAUCAAUCCAGCCAAGUUCAAGCCGCUUUUUGAUGAAGACGAAGUCGUUCAUGAGAUCAACAGCUGCAAUGCGACGACAGACGAGCCUCUGUACAAGCGGGAAGAGUUUCGCGAUACCUUUGGCGACGAGAACAUGAGCGAGUGGAAGGUUUACAAGGGCCAGUUUCACGUCUCGUCGGGCGGGCUCCAGGCGGGAGAGGCCGUGGAGGGCGAGGCCGUCAUCUACCGACACAAAGUUGCCGACUUCGUCUUUGAAGCCGACAUUACAUUUCCCGCUUCCGAAACCGGCGGCGAUGCUGGCUUAAUCUUCCGCGCGACACACCCCAACGAUACCAAGUCCGGACACACCACUGGCUCUUUCUAUGCCGGCAUCAGCCCAAGCAGCGGACAAGUGUUCCUGAACGUCAUGCCGUCCAACGUGUCGUUGGCCUCGGCCGAGACAAACGCAGAAGUGGGCAAGGCAACUCGGAUCAAAGUGCAGGCCGUCAACGAGACCAUCUCCGUAUACGUGGGCGAUAUGCGCACUCCGAAGCUUGUGCAGAGAGAUGCCACUUUUGACAGCGGCUUCAACGGCGUGCAGGUACAUAAUACCAGUGCCACGUUUUCCAAUGUCGAAAUUACCCCCGUGGUGAGACAACAAGGAAUUCUCCAUAACUGCAAAGGUUUCUAUCGCGCAGUGGCGGGGGACACGUGUCAGGCCAUCGCUGACAAGCAUGACACAAUUUCCCUUGCUCAAUUGCACUCUUGGAACCCGGCACUGCUGGACGACUGUUCAGGCCUCAAGACGGACUACUUCUACUGUGUCGCAAGAGACGACGCCUUUCGCCUCAAGACCAGGUACAGCACCAGCUGCGAUGGUGACGUGCACAACGACGUGACCCUCACCGGCAAUGAGGGCAAGUGCAUUGACACUGGAUGCUCGGUCGGAUCCCUGGAUAUCGCCAGCGGCGGUGACUGUCCCAACGGACAGGUACAGGUCAGCUACUGGGAGCUGCCCGGUUGCUCUGGCAAGUGGUUUGGCUUCGGUUACGCGAGCCGCGAUACCUGUCGAUCUCUUUGGACAAGUGGCUGGAAGUUUGGGUCGCUGCACUUGCGAUGUGCCGACCCAUUGUCCGACUGUGUAAGCCAGGGUACCUGCGUGGCCGAUGAGGAACCCGCCAGAGGAAUCUGCGAGGCGGUUCCUGCAGAUCCUCCAGCAGCAUUCAAGUUCCAGGCUCUCGCUCGCGCUGACUGCACCGGAGACGUGCACAAGGAACUGUCCGUGGAUCAUGGCAACGGCCUUUGCCUAGAUACGGAAUGCCAGGUUGGAAGCUUGGAUAUUGCAGAGCUCGGCGACUGUCCAGACGGUCAGGUUCGCAUCAGCUACUGGGGAGGGGAGAAAUGCGGCGGCGCAUGGUACGGUUAUGGCUACGGAAGUAGAAAUACUUGCCGCACGCUGUGGUCAGCAGGAUCAAAGUUCAAAUCGUUGUGGCUCAGCUGUGCCAAAGAGAGUGACGACUGUGUGAGCCAGAAAACUUGCACCUCUGAUCCUGAGCCGGCUGGAAACCUUUGUUAG